AUGAAUUUCCCACCGUUUGGCAGCCACUUUCCUGGUACCAUCCCUAGCAUACAUCAGUUUGCCACGGACGGUUCCAGUGGGGCAACAUCACGAUACAAUCAUUUUCCCAACCAGCCUCCGAUUGGAGUGCCGGUUGUCGGAAAAUACCGUCCUGAGGUUAAUGGUACGCAGACGAGCCAGAGUCAGGGGAUGAUGAACAAUAAGAGCGGGUAUCCGAAUAGUAAUUUACAUCAUUAUACUAAUGCACCGUACUCGCAAGCACAGCCCAUUCAGCAGAGGCCUGCCAAUUCACCUGGGAUGCAGGAGAAACGGGCUUAUCAUCAGGACGUAUGCAACCUCCUGCAGGAAAAAGACAAGAGUAAAGAGAAGAAGACGGAGGACCAGAGGAACGGGGACUCGUCAGGCACGACAAACGGUAGUCAGCAAGACUACUCGAUCCACCAGCACCACCAGCAGCACGCACACACCCAAACGCCAGCAUCGAUGCCAGCCACCUGGCAAUCCCUGGCGACUCCAGGCUCGACAGUGGCUGACUAUCUGUCCCACCUGCCAGCCAGUACUCUUCCACUGAGUCUCCACCACUUCCUGAAGUACUCAGCCGAGAGUAUAAAGAAAGAGAGUGAAAUGCAGGCGCAAACUACCUCGGUAGCAGUUGCUACAACGACAACACCAAACAUUAUGAUGUCGCCAAAUAAUAAGAAGAAGAAAAAAAAGAAGGCGCCCAAAGAGAAAAAGCCACGUCCAAAACCAGGUGAAAUUAGACUGACAACAGCACUGGAUGGCUCGACCCUCUACUGCUGUCCUGAGUGUCACAUGGCAUAUCCUGAGCGUGAACUACUCGAGCAGCACCUCCUGGGGCACACCCUCGAGCGCAGAUUUGUCUGCGACAUUUGCGGUGCUGGACUCAAACGCAAGGAUCACUUGACCCGCCACAAGCAGAGCCACAAUCCAGAGAGGCCGUAUGUGUGUACAGUUUGUUUGAAGGCGUUCAAGAGAAAGGAGCAAUUGACAUUGCACUUUGUUAUUCAUUCGGGGGAGAAGAGACACGUCUGCACUGAGUGUGGAAAGGGCUUCUAUCGCAAGGAUCAUCUGAGGAAACACACCAGGAGUCACAUUGCUAGGAGGGUUAAAGCUGAACUCAGUCAGAAUGCUGGAGGACAACAGAAUCAACAACAGAAUAACGUAUCCAGCAUGCAGACGACAACGGUAUCAGCCUCGUCUGUUCUCCCUGGUGGGCAUCCGGGUCCCCUCCUGUCCUGAGUGCCAGCGCCAGGGAACUUUCAAGUUCCCCAUCCGAACAACGUCAUUCAUUCCCACUCACCGAGUCACCAUCCACUCCAUCACCAUCAUCAUCUGGCUGCGGUCAAUGCUGCUGCACAUCAGGCGGUCGUUGGUACAACUCA